AUCACGUGGCGUGGUUUCGACCAAUCAUAUCAUUCCGCGUCCAGCGUGUAUUUCUGUGUCGGUGCCACGAUGUUUCGCAUUGAAUGAUUAUUUUCCGAAAUUUUAACACUUCUCUGAGAUUAAAACAACAUUUCAUUCACCUGACAGGGAUUCUGUAUAUAUUUACCGUCUUCCCGGUUGUUCGCUUUCUUUAAAAUGGACUUGGCUCACACGAAAAGUGUCGAGCAAGUUUUUGAGCACUUCAGCGUUGAGGAAUCGACCGGGCUAAGUUUGGAUGAUGUUCAGCUAAGCCAGGAAAAAUAUGGGCCCAAUGGUACGUAUGUUUCUUUGACAAAUGUCUGCCUAAUCCUACAGCUAAAGCUUUGUCAUUUGUGAUGAAAAACUACAGCGAAAAUGAAUGAAAAUGAUUAUAUUUUUCAUGCACUACCAUCUGAAAUUACAAAGCUUAAUUUUUUACACCCGGCGUUUAUAUUUGCUAUCAAUUUAUAAGGGACUCAAAAUGUCUAAAUAUUGUCAAUAUUUUCCUUUUCUUUUAUACUCCAUGUAUUCAGAAAUGCCAGCAGAGGAAGGUACGUGUUUCCUAAAGUUUUUCCAAAGUUUUACGGACAAUUGCCCAGUUUAAUUGACAGAAGCCGAACAUUCUAGCUUCAUGUCACUGUAGCGAAUUAAAUUUUAAAUUUGGAUUAUCUGACUUUUUAAUAUAGGCAAGCCAAUGUGGAAAUUAGUUUUAGAGCAAUUUGAUGAUUUACUAGUGAAAAUCCUUUUGCUGGCCGCUAUCAUUUCGUUUGUAAGUUUGCUUUGUGUCACUUGUGAAUGAAUGUCAGCAUGUUGCCUUGUGUAUGUAUGUGUCAGAAUUUAAUUUUUCAUCUUGUUUUUGAUGGAUUCUGUUGCAGGUGUUAGCUCUAUUCGAAGAUAGCGAAGACCAAUCCACUGCAUUUGUAGAGCCUAUUGUAAUUUUAGUUAUUCUUGUAUUGAAUGCGAUAAUCGGAGUAUGGCAGGUGAGUUUCGAAGCCGCACUAAACGAACAGCCCUGACCUAAAAUUUUGUGAAAUUUACAAAGUAAUUUCACACGCUGUCAAGAUGUCGAUGAUUUAUGCAUAUACAUGAUCAGAAAAUUGAACAUCUUGAUAAAUCAGCCCAUUUGUUAGACGAAACAGAGAUAGUGGUUUUUGAUUGGGUAAAAUGCGGUGCACAGGUGUAUAUCCAAUUUGUAAUAAUUGCAAAGCUUCGAAAGACAAUUAAGCCUCAAUUUAGCUUGUAUGAUUACUUUUUUGAGUUCAAUGCAUCAAGGCCAAAAAUAUUGUUGACUUCAGUCUCUGAUCAUAAACCUUUUAUUAACACAAUUGUAAAUAUUUAACUCUUUACAAAAUUUCUUUUUAAUUCAUUGAAUGCCAGCGCUCCCCUCUUGACAAAUAAAAUUGUCUGGCGUUAGACAGAGUAAAAUAAAUAAGCAGGGUUCAUUGGGACAUGAUGCAACUUAAUGGGUUAAGUCGGGACUUGAAAAAUAGGCGUAUUUACGUACUAUUGUACUCCAAAAUUAGCUUGGUGUACGCCAAGAAUUUCAGACAAGUACAAUCGCAUACGUUUCCUACAGCAGAGCUGAACCGUUACCCCUUAAAAUCCUUCGGACAAUGAACAAACAUUUGCCUCUAACCCUGAUGCUGAAAUAUCCAUAUAUUUAUAACAAUGAAAUGUGAAAUAUUGAUCUAGAAACAUUAAGUUCACUGCUUGAAUCACAUAUGAAAACUAGAAUACAAAACUGUGCAUCAACAUAGAUUAAAUGUUCGUCAACUAAAAAGUACUAUAAACCUAAAAUCAACUUUUUAAUUUUUUAUGGGUUUUUUUUUUGCCUAUGUGUAAAUUGUGAAUAGGUUUUUUGUGAAUCAUUUAUGCAGUGCAAUGCUGCAGAUGUGUAUCUAGGUAAAGUUUAUAGAACAUUUAACAAUUAUUCGCCGAAGGCGAGGUGAUUAUUGGGGAAUUUUCACUGAGACAAAGUCAAGGUGAAUAUUCCCCGAUAUUGGCGAUAAUCACCGAGCCCGAAGCGAAUAAUUGUUUUAGUAUUUUUAGUAGUUUUAGUGUUUUUUGGUACUGAAGUUAUUUUAAUUUCUCUUAUUUCUUUAUCAGUACACUUCCACAAAAUGGCUAGCUGUCAUUUGCAAAUUUCGGUUAUGUUAUAUUCACCUAUUUUGUUAUAACAUCAAAUUUGACCAAUCAGGUUGUAGGAUUUGUUAUAUUCACUUGUGCAAAAAUACUAAAAGCCAAUAUCAAGCAUCAAUUAUUUACAAUGAUUUAUUAUGCAAUGUUCAAAUUGCAAGUUAUAGCGGUCCAGUCACUCCAGUGUAGGUAGUAUUAUACAAAAGGCUGCCAUAGUUUGUGUCUAAGCUGUGUGAAAAAGACUCUCAAAUAUACAGGUCCUGUGUAUAUAGUACUUCUGAUAAUAGUAUAUAUUCUGGGAUGUCUGAAAUGGAUUAAUUUCCUAUGUAGAGUGGAAAAUAUGCAAUCACUUACUGAAUUUACUAAACAUUACACAGGAAUUAAAUGCUGAAAGUGCCAUAGAAGCUUUGAAAGAGUAUGAACCAGAAAUUGCCAAAGUCGUAAGACAGACUAAAGCAGGUGUACAGAAGAUAAAAGCGAGGGACCUGGUGCCUGGCGAUGUUGUACAUGUUGCAGGUAAAUAGUCGGUCGGCCUUCAUCUUGGAAGGCUAGGUCGGAAUAAGAAGAGAAAGUCUGAAUAAGAUUUUCUGUAAUUUAUUGUUUUGUUCUUUAGUUGGUGAUAAAGUUCCUGCAGAUAUACGUGUUACAAAUAUCUUGUCAAUAACUCUGAGGGUAGAUCAGUCAAUUUUAACAGGUUAGUAGUAGUUGUAUGGUGUGAUGUAGUGUUUUCUUAAAAUUAAAUAAUUUUUUGCCUAUUUCCUAAGACAUCCUUCUACACAACGCCGUUCUUGGUACACUUUGUUUUUCAUACUAAUUCGAUACUUUUGUUCUUUUCUAACAGGAGAAAGUGUGAGCGUUUUGAAGCAUACAUGUAUUAUUCCUGAUGAACGAGCUGUGAACCAAGACAAAACGAACAUGUUGUUUUCAGUAAGUAGCUUAAAAUUAGUCCCUGAUGCUAUGCUGGAUGCUUGCAUUUUCGAGGAUGUGCCUUGUCAUUAAUGAUGAUAACUCAAACAUAAAAUGAAUGAAAUGAUUAAACAUUCAUGCACUACCAUCUGAAAUGACUUGGCGUACUGGUACAUAAAUUGGGAACACACUCGUACAUGUACAGGACGCUUUAACAAUCUCAUUCCCCGAGCCUGCGAUCCUCGGGAAGGAACGCGAGGCCCUGGGAUAAUCCGUUUCAGGGAGGAAUCUGAUUGGCCGUUGAAAUGGAAUGCAUAGUUCAAUCUUAGCCAGAAUUCCUGGCUUCCGGUAACGGAUUAUCCCAGAGCCUCGCGUUCCUUCCCGAGGAUCGCAGGCUCAGGGAACGAGAUUGAUGUUUUAAGGGCAGGGGAGGGGGGCUGUUGAAAGUUUGCCCAAAUUUUAUACAGGAUUGUAAUAAAAUAACCUCAAUUUAACAUAUUUUCAAACUGAUUUCAAGUGAAAAAAAAGUUUGAAAGAAAAACAAUUUCUGGCCUACUACCACAGGACGAGGGGUAAAUUACUCUGAAAAAAGUGUAUGAAGAUUCUUGGGAUUAAGUUUCCUUGCAAUUUUUUUAGUGUAAAACCGGAACCAUAGGAUAUAUUUUGUUACUAAGGUUAUAAUAUUUUUCCUAGGGUACGAACAUUGCUGCUGGUCGAGCUAUUGGUGUUGUGUGUGGCAUUGGUUGUAACACACAGAUAGGUAUGCACAGAGAAAGAUCAAUUAUCCCUGCAAGUUUUUGUGACAACUUUUGUUAUGACAAUACACGAGGCAGCGGGAGUCCAACCUGCACUGUAUUUCACUUUGCAUGCAAAACACUACCAGCUAGCUCGCUGAAUGCAAAUGCAAAAAUAUCAGCUCAUUGCCAACUAUCUAGUCACUUCAUAUCAUAAAUCUUGUUGUUAAUAUUUUAGGUAAAAUCAGAGAUGAGAUGGUUGAAACAGUCUCAGAAAAAACUCCAUUACAAUGUAAACUGGAUGAGUUUGGUGAACAACUUUCAAAGGUGAGUUACAGCCCAGACAAAAUGCAUUGUAGGUUUGUUUAUCUGUGUUUAUUUAUUUUGAUAUCUGUCAGUGCAUUGUGUCUGGAAUGAUGAUUUAAGAUUCCCCUUCACUUUUUUUGUAAGUGAAAAUCUUCAAUCCUGACCCUAGAUAGAAUGUUAAUUUUUUUAUUGUGAUUAUGUGCAACAUAAAUAAAUGCUCCCCUUGCCCCUUAAAAUCCCUGCAAAACCACCCUACAUACAGUAACAUAUCCCGAGUCCUCUUCACCCCCCCCUCAAAAUCCCAUCCCCUUUAAAUGCUGUUGCCCCCCCCCCCUUGAAACCUUCCUCUAUAACAUAUUUUCUCCCCCCCCCCAAUCUCAAAAAGAUUUCGUCCCCACAUUCAAUAUCCCUGCUUAGCCCCAUUAUCCCCUCUUAUCUCAUUAUAAGCAGGUGUAAAGUGAUUGCAUUUCAAACUAAAUAAAUAGGUAUUGUGGCGUCAGCAGUAAUCUUCAUAUGCCAGAAUAUGAAUUUGCCAUAACUCAUUAGAGGCAGCGCUCUCCCCUUGACAAGUAAAUGGUUGACACACUUGCACCUGUAUGUUUUAGAUCAUCACUCUGAUAUGCAUUGCAGUUUGGGCAAUCAAUAUUGGCCAUUUCAAUGAUCCUGCCCAUGGUGGAUCAUGGGUGAAGGGUGCCGUGUACUAUUUCAAAAUUGCUGUUGCCUUAGCCGUGGCUGCAAUCCCAGAAGGAUUGCCUGCUGUUGUAACUAUAUGUCUUGCAUUAGGUGAGUUUUUGACCAUCACUCUUAUGUAAAUGUGUACAUCUGGAGCGAGAAUUUGAGUCCAAAAAGUAAAGAUGGUGAAAAUAAAAGAGCUAGUGGAUGUCAGUUCCAGUCCUUUUAACAGUUAACACGAAGCUGGCAAAGAGUCGAUUUAAAGAAAGAGUAACAUGUCGAUUUAAAGAAAGAGUAACUGUACAUGUCCGGCCAGAAUGUGGAGUUGUGCAGUCAAAUUCUUACCUUGCCGGUCAUUUUGACCGGUCACUUUCGGCAAAAGAACAAACUAAUAAUCUUCAUUUUAAUUAAUAAUCAAAAUAAAGUUGUCAAGUAUUAUUAAGAACCAUGACAUGUUGUCGAAUAUUUUGCGGAAAAAGAACUUCAAUAGUUCAAUGUACGCCAGCUUUCCCACGCCGUACGUCACAAAGCGCAUGGCCAUGCCUUUGGCUUAAGAGUUAAGACCAUUCUUUUAGCACAGUGCAAGCUGUUUUAUGUGAAGGAGUUUUUAAUUACUGAUCACAGAAAGGCUUUUUGUAAUGCUAUACUGGGAAAAUAGUCGCAUUUUUAGGGGUAUACUUUACUAGGCUUUGCUUUAAGCUGAAUAAUUUGACCGGCCAGAAAUUUGGCAUGUCCAAGCUAAAGUUGAGUUGGCCUUCGCGCCCUGCAGUAUGGUUUUAUGAAAGUUGAUAACUUGUUUAGCGAUACAGUCUGUUAGAAAAAAAACUGUGGAAGUAGCUGGGAAAAAUGGUAUUAAAACUGUUUACUACCAUAGCUAUUGGAUAUCAAUUUCCACCAUCUUGGAUUCACUUUUCUCAUAAGCCGAAUGACUGAAGUUCUCGCUCCAGACAUAUAUACAAGGUGUAUCAAAAUAAACGCAAUUCAUCUUUUGUGCUUAAUAACUUUCGAAAUACUAUUUCUAGUUAAACGCUUUUAGGCUUACUUCAAAGCAUGUUCUUUUCUCUUUCAAACAAACUAUUAUCCUUGUCUCCAAUGCUAGUAAUAAUUGCACAGGAAAAUAUUUAGUAAAACCUAUCAUUUUUAGUUGCUGUUUAAAUUAAUGCAAGUUUACUAUGUUAUUGUUUAGUCGGUUUAAAUGUUAGAAUUUUCUUCUUUAAACUUUAAUGUUGUCGUCACUACAUCUGGAAAACCACGUAAGAACAAAUUAAAAGUAUUUUAAAAGAGACCAGGUUGUUUGAAAAUCCUAAACGAAUGCUAAAAAUCAUACUGUAGAAUCAAAACAUUCUGGUGUCUGAGCCAGAGUGUCAUCGAAUUACGAUGUAAUGUAAACAGAAAUUAUAGCAAGCUGAUGUCAGUCAGCUUAGAUGGUCCAAGCCAAAAUUAUAUCGCAUUUGAAGUUUCAAACUGUGUUAAAAGUAGUGGAAGAAAAGACGUAAUUAUACAUAUUGUUACAAUCCAUUUAUUAAAAUGCAACAUUUUUUUGUUUUAAUGAAAAAAUCAGUUAUUUUCAUGAGAACGAUUUGUUAUUCCAUCUCAAUUUUUUUAAUCUCCAAUCGCAAUAACGUAAAGUAUUAUUACCCGCGAACCAAUGAGUCAAUUUUAAGAAACAACCCACUGUUAGAAAGCUGAAUGGCUACGCUUUAAAAUGGAUGUAAACUUUAACGUUUUCGUCUAUUAUUUGUUUAGCAAUUUACAUUUCAGUCGAGGAUUGCGCUUUUUUUGAUACACCCUGUAGAGCCCUCUGGUAUCAGCCCAAUAAUGCUUAUGUCUUUAAUGUUGUAGGGACUCGAAGAAUGGCGAAGAAAAAUGCAAUUGUUCGUAGCCUUCCAUCAGUUGAGACACUCGGAUGUACGUCUGUCAUUUGUUCUGAUAAGACUGGAACCCUCACUACGAAUCAAAUGUCCGUUUGCAAGGUGGGAUGUUGUUACAUGAUGAUGUUAAACAGUUGCAGGAAAUUUGUUUGAAUGAAGAUUUGCUAGUGAAGAUUUGAAGGAAACCUUAACACUAAUAUCCCACUAUGGGCGCAACAACAUAUGGUUGACAGACAUUAUUCCUUGAAUUUAAAACCAUGGUCCGCUAGUACACUACAGUAUAUGUUUAUGCACUAUUUUUGCCUCCAGGUUGUGCUCCCAGGAAGAAAGUUCUUUUUUUUUCCUGCCCUGGAACUGGCAGAGCUAUCCAGUAUAGACAAUAUAAAAAAAAAAAAUUUUAGUAUUUAUUUUGCAGUAACACUGGAUCAAUCCUGCACUUAUAGAGAGAAUAGCUUACAACUGAUAGAGCUACUCUGGUAUAAAUUAAACUUAGUUUAGGUUUUCUCCUGUAGUACAGUAAUAUUGGAUUCACUGAAGCACGACCCUUACUGGACUUCUAAGAAAACUGUUUAGAAGUUACAAUGUCCUCCAAUAUUAUAUGUUUGUUAAUGUUAAUACUGUUGUUUGUGAUUUACCAAAUUAAAUCCUCAUUUUCUCUUUAUCUCAGUUUUUUAUUUUAGAUGAAAUGAAAGACAAAAAGCCAACUUUUAAUCAUUUUGAUGUUAGUGGUACAACCUAUGCUCCUGAAGGAGAAAUGUAAGGGACAAACUUUGUGCUUUAGCAACAGAGCAACAACAAUUAUAGCAGCAAAGGAGUUCACCAUGACAAUUAUGCUAAGGCAUCCCUCCGGCACCUGUCACACUGACUAGUCAGUGGAAAAAAUACAUCUAUAGUGGUCUAUACACCAUUGUACUUGUUGAACUAACAAAGUUUAACUAAAACAAAAAUUGGGUGGGGAAAUGGCGAAGGGGUAACAAACACAACUUACUGCAAUAAGACAGGGCAAAAACAGGCAAUAGACAAUUCCCAUUAUAGAUUAAUUUUAAAACUAGGCAAGGAGAUGUAAAUAAAUCACCACAGCUAGAAAGAGCAUACUGAAAUGAGUAAAUUUGCAAAGUUUGGUUACGAAAUGUUGUAAAAUGCGGAAAAUAUAGCCUUGCAAAGUUUGCAAAUUUUGUAUACUUUUGUAUUGCGUACGGAAAUUGCUACCAUUUUCGGCCCAAAUGUGGUAGGAAUUUCCGCACGCAAUACAAAAGUAUACAAAAUUUACAAACUUUGCAAGACUAUAUUUUCCGCAUUUUAUAACAUUUCGCAACCAAAUUUUGCUAUUUUACUAAUUUUAGUAUGCUCUUUCUAGCUGUAUUGCAUCUCCUUGCCUAGCUUCCCUCGAUGGUCAACAACUCGCCUAACAUAAGACACAUAGUUACAACAACAAGCAGUCCUUCAGGAAUUGCAGCCACAGCUAAGGCCCCGUUUACAUGAGUCCGGAACGAAGUCAAACCGGGACCGUUUCGGUCAUAGUAUUAUUUAUAAUAGAUGUUUACAUGACACCGGGACGAAAAUAACUCGGACCGGUCUCAAGUCAUUUCGCCUGCUGGACCGAGCUGACUGACUUCAGACCGGGAUGAAUGUAAACACAAAUACAUUUCAGAUCGGUCUCGGCUGUACCCUUGACAUUGGAACAACACAUGCUAACAAAAGCCAUCUAAAAGUGAAAAUUGCUUGGCAAGGGGAAUAAAUUGAAAAUUUUGCGAUUUUCGUAAACUUGUUGACAAUUUCAAUUUUCAUUCCGGUUUGACUUCGUCCCAGUCUCAUGUAAACGGGGCCUAAGGCAACAGCAAUUUUGAAAUAAUACACUGCACCCUUGAUCCACCGUGGGCAGGAUCAUUGAAAUGGCCAAUAUUGAUUGCCCAGACUGCAAUACAUAUCAGAGUGAUGAUCUAAAACACACAGGUGCCUAUCUUUACCGAUGUAUUGUUGUUUUAUAUAUAGAACAUUAAAUGGGAAGCCAGUAAAUGUUCAAGAUUAUGAAGCCAUUCAAGAAUUGGCCAUCAUUUGCACUUUAUGUAAUGAUUCUGGUGUCGACUACAACGAGGCCAAGAAGCAUUACGAGAAAGUAGGAGAAUCAACCGAGACAGCCCUGGUUGUACUCGUUGAGAAAUUGAAUGUAUUUGGGCUGAACCUCAAAGGCAAAGAUCCUCAUGAAUUGGCUAAUGCAUGUAAUAAUGAAGUUCUCAAACAUUUCUCGAAGGUAUGACCCAUAGUUACUGUAUCACAGAAACCCUGUGCAGACGAGAAAACACUGUUAACUUAAAGAAACGUUGUUCCCUAGCCAUGUUUCCCAAAGGUGGACAAACCAAGAAACAUUUCCUAGCCGUGUUUCCUAGCCAUGUUUCCUAAAGGUGGACAAACCAGGAAACAUCGUUACCUACAUAUAGCCAUGUUUCUCAAAGGUUGUCAAACAUUGUUGCCCCCAACAUUGUAAUGGCCCAUUGCCACUCAGGAAAAUUUUUUCGCAGAAAGAAAAUUUUGUAAAAUAUGAUUGGCCGACACAAAUUUUCUCCAUCGGGAAAAAAUUUUGAAGUUGAAAAUUUUCAACUUUUAACAAUGACAUUUUCGGAAAAUUUUCUGCCCGUGGAAAUUUUUCUUGAAAUGGAAAUGGGCCUUUACCCUAGUUUGUGAUUUAAAGUAGCUCACUCUAGUUCGUAAAUAACCUUUGUAGGAAUUUACAUUCGAGUUCUCUCGAGAUCGUAAAUCAAUGAGCGUCUACUGUAUACCUAAAGAUGGACUCCGUGAAAUGUUCCCAAGUUCUGGACCUAAGAUGUUCGUUAAGGUAAGCUAAGACUAGCAUUCCUCGCGGGCAUCAAGCCUUGUGACGUCAUUAUGCAUAAAGUCUAUUCAAUCGCAAAAUUUAAUUUUGUUUGAUGAAAAAUUUGCCUUGCAACCCGAGGGUUGAAUUGCGCAAAAAUUUACAAUAAAAUGUAUAAUCUAUGGAUAAAAGUCCUAUAAUACAAAUUAUGAGUAUAAAUCUAAAACCUAAAUAUUGAAAUUACUCAAAACGGAGCAACCAAAAGUUGACUAAUUAGCAGUUCACUUUAGUCUUAUAAAUAUUAGCAGUUCAAUGGUACCAGUUAGUGUUUAUAUGUGUUCUAGGGAGCGCCAGAGAGUAUUUUAGAGCGAUGUGAUUAUGUACGUAUUGGACGAGAUACUGUCCCUCUCACAGAAGCAAUCAAGAAUGAAAUAUUGAGCAAUGUGCACGUCUAUGGCACAGGUAGGUGAAUUAACGAAAUAGAAGGGGUUAGGAGGUUAGGGAAAGGGAUUGGAUUGGGUUUCGUGAUUGCGUGACAUGAAAAGAUAACACAAUUUAGCCAUUCUCACGAAGGCCAAAAUUCGCCAUUUUUGGGGUACUGUCUGUCCUCGCGGAAUAUUGUAGACAAUUCAAACAACGUGAAAAGCGACUUUUAAAACUUGUAACUGAAAAUUUACCAUUAUUCAAAUAACUUGAAAUAUAAUACUAAAAAGUCGCAUUUUGUGGUGCGGAGACUCUCAAACGUGGGAGAGGAAAUACCCCCAAAAUACUUAUUGACUCAGUGUACGACUCGGAUACAACUGCAUAAUAUUUAAUUAGUUUAUGCAUAUACCUUUAUAGGUGAAAACACCCUGCGAUGUUUAGCUCUUGCUACGAUAGACAAACCACUGGCCAAAGAAAAGAUGGACUUAGAAACUCGUGACGUCACUAAGUAUGAGGUACAGUGGAAUCAGUGUGCAUAAAUUUGGAAAUAUUUAGAAAGUUUGCAGUUUGUCUGAAAUGAUGAAGUAAGAUUCCCCUUCACUUCUGAAUAAGUGAAAGAAGUCUAAAUUCUGAUCUUGGGCAAUUUUAAUCAGGUACAUGUACGUUUAAGGGCUAGCCAACCAUGUGAACUCAGAACUAAAAUGUUUUAUCUGUACUAGAAUGGAAUGACUUUUGUCGGUGUAGUUGGAAUGUUGGAUCCUCCGCGUGAGGAAGUCAUCGACUCCAUUCAGAGAUGUCAAAAUUCUGGAAUACAAGUGAUUGUUAUUACUGGGGAUAACAAGGUAUACAGUAGGGGGUAGAAAAAUUAUCCAGUGCUUGUUUACAACCUUGCUGACAAUUUAUAACUCGAUUGACCCGUAACUGUGGUUCUAAUAUAUGAGAGCAUGGAAUUAAACGAAUGUAUACCUAUUUCAGGCAACAGCAGAAGCUAUAUGUCGAAGGAUUGGUGUUUUUGGUUUGAAAGAAGACACCACUGGUUUAUCAUACUCUGGACGUGAAUUUGAUGACUUAACUGAGGAGGAACAACGAGAGGCCUGCAGAAGGGCAAGGUAAUGGCCUCUUCUCUUAUGAAAAGAAGACUUUUCUCGUUUACCAGUAUCCCUUUGAAAUACUUUGUGUUCCUAACGCUUUGGUGGCUUGACUGCAUGCUCUAUAGCCACAAAGUAUUAGCGAGCUUAAGAUGCACCAAAUCUACGACGCGGACGUGACAUAAAAACCGUUGCUAAUGUUUGGAAUCCAGUUUUAUUUUGCUUCACUUGUGUCUCUGACUUUGUUUACCAACUGGAGGCCAUAACUUUUAUCCGUGUAGUGAAACUGUGGGAAUAGUUACAGUUUUUCUUCACGUCCGCGUCGUAGAUUUGGUCACAGUUAUUUUAAUAGAUGGUUUGGAGACUCGAUGGGAAUACAAUAUAACUCAUUAACUAUGUGAUUGUCCAGCUUUAUGCAAGAAUUUGGUCCUAUCUCGUCACGUGUGUAUUGCAUUUUCGCUCAAAUAACCAAUAACAAUUAAGUUUGUGGUUGAGUUAUCCAUCCGUAACUUGAACAAAUGCUCAAUUUAAACGUUGCUAUUGGUUGUGCGAGAAAAAAUGCAAUACACACGUGACGAGAUUCUUGCAUAAACCGAAACCAACAUAGUUAAUGAGUUGUAUUGUACUUUCAUCGAGUCUCCAAACCAUGUAUUCUAUUAACUGUGAUUUGGUGCAUCUUAAGCUCGCUAAUGUACUUUCCGGAGGGGGAAUUUGGAUGGUGAUAUAGAUUACGUCAUUCUCUGUCUAGGUUAUUCUCUCGUGUUGAACCAUCACAUAAAAGUCGUAUAGUAGAAUAUCUUCAAGAUGACGGCCACGUGGCAGCUAUGACAGGCGAUGGUGUUAACGAUGCUCCAGCCUUGAAGAAAGCCGAGAUUGGCGUCGCUAUGGGUUCUGGCACGGCUGUGGCUAAGACUGCCUCUGGUAUCCUUUUAAUAAUAGCUGUUUACCUUGUUGCUUGUGUUUAGUUGUUUUGGGGUGUUUUUGGAUCGGGCAUUUGUAUCUUUCGUCUCUGUGACAGGGGCUGGUUUCUGCAAAAUAGAAUACGUUCACAUUUACAACAUUUGCGAGUGAUUGUGGAAAUUUUUCUGCGUGUAUGGAAAAUGCCCCGUGCCCAUUUAUCUAAUGGUGAAAUGAUGUAACCUGUGAAUCCAUUCUCUGAGUGAAGUUUUUUAUUUGUACCGAAAGUAAUUUAAAGUUGAAUGUAUUUGGUAUCCGAGGUUUUCUCACACCAUUUCAUGUUCUUUAAAUUAUGGUACAAAUGUUAGCUUUGCGCUGAGUGUAGACUGUGUCUGAUCACCACAUUCGCAUAUUAUAACAAUGGUUAUUGUUCCACGCUCAACACCGUAGAGGUUUUCGUAAUAUAUUUAACAAUACGUUCUAAAGAGCAAUUGAAUUUUCAUAAGAUUACAUGAUGCAUGAAAUGCGAAAUAGAUUAUUUAGGUUACAAGGCCCAUUUUCAGGAAAAUUUCCUCAGGGUUCGUAGCGGUCUUUGAAAUCCUUGAAAGUCUUUAAAUUUGAAUACAGGUCUUUAAGGUCUUUGAAAAGUCUUUGAAUUGUGUGAAAAAGCGAAGAAAGUCUUUAAAUUCUUUAGUGAGUAUUUGAUUAUACGAUUUCCUAGCUAAUAAAAUAGAUUGAUUGAAGCAAAAUUUUCGCAAAUCGACGAAAAGGCGCAUGUAUUUAAGGGACUAAUUAUUGGGUAAAAAUGUUGCUUACACUUGCAAUUUUUCGACAGCUGAUUGCUCUCAAAAGUCUUUGAAAAGUCUUUGAAAAUAGGCAGCAAAAAUCUUUGAAAGUCUUUGAAUCAUUUUGUAAAAUGUGAUUGGCCGAUACAAAUUUUCCGUGGGAGAAAAAAUUUUGAAGUUGAAAAUUUUCAACAUUGAUAUUUUCCGAAAAAUUUCUGUUUGUGGAAAUUUUUCUUGAGUGGAAUUGGGCCUUAAUACCUGUUAGAGGGAGUCUCGGCUUGAAUCACACGUUUCAGUCUGCCAUUGACUUGUAUUCAAAAUGUUCAGAAAAGCAUAAAGCAUUCUACGUCAAUCAUCAAUCAACACAAAUGAUAUUAUGUUAAAUGUUAAAUCUGUUCAAACCAUCCAGGGAAUAUUCAUUGUUUUGAAAAUAUUUCUCCGUAACAUUAUGAUCAGAAAUGGUUCUUGCGGAUGAUAAUUUCGCUACGAUCGUAGCCGCAGUGGAAGAAGGCAGAGCUAUAUAUAACAAUACAAAACAAUUCAUCCGAUAUCUUAUUUCAUCUAACAUUGGUGAGGUCGUGAGG